GCGCCGAGGCGGAGGGCACUGCGUCGGGCUGGGUGGCGGGCAAGACCCAGCGAGGCCGCGGGGACAGUGUCGCGCUCGAGCGUCGCGGGCACACGGCAGUGCCCCACGGGCCUCUCCCGCAGUGCGCAGGGGGCGCGAAAGGAACUGGUCCCGCAAUUACCUUGUGUCGCCAACGCUGGCUGCCCUCCUCCUCCUCCUCCUCCUCCUCCUCCUCCUCCCUCGCCGCGCUCCGCCCGCCGCUCUCCUCUCCCUCCCUCACCGGAUCUACACGUCUUGAAAUUAUAUUUACGGAAUGCGCGGCUCCGCGAGGAGGGAUCCGGAGGGAGGGCUCGCGGUCGCGGCGUGCGCUCAGUCAUCUGUCACUUGCCAACGAAGCUUACCCUAACAAGCCGUGUUUUUAGGCACUUGCCUCCCCUCGCUGAGCGAUCGCGCGGAGCCACGUGUAGUGUAGCGGCCGCACGUGCGCGGAUGCGGAUGUGCAAUUGUGUUGCACUGACAUGAUGUGCUGGUGACGCUGCUGACGCUUCCUGUCUUCCUCCGAAGUGACUGAGCAGCUCCUUCCUGUGAAAGCGCUGACGAGAAACAAUUGCCGGCCUUUGCUAACUGUAUGUGGGAAAGACAAGGUUCUCGGAAUGGUCGGCGUCAAGAGAGGCGGCGACUGAUGCAGUGCCGCCCUCAGUGCAGUGCCGUCGCGGAAGACAGCAGGCGGAGGCGGUGGUGCUGUGACUAGAAAAGGUCGGAGACACACGCCCUGCACCUGCUGCCACUUGCCAAAUCAAUAAGCCCUGGAAGGAAAUACACGUCAUUGUUCCCUGGCAUCGAAGGAAAAGGAAAUCAUUGUAGUAAUAAAAAUACGGUGAGUGCGAGAAGGACCCAGAAGAACACCAUACGCCCGUGAAGGGGGGCAGACCCCUACGCCCCCUCCCCAGGCCCCCAGGGUCCCCUCAGGCGGAGAGCGGGUGUCCCGAAGGUCACAGGACCCCCCCCCCUUCCCCCAAGGACAUCUCACUCAAGCAGAAGGAGGAAGGGCGAACGAUGUGGAUGAGUGUGACCUUCCUGAGGGCGUGGGCGGUGUGGUCAUGGGUGAUGAUCCACGCCCUCGCGCCCUACGUCACCGCUCAAGACAUCCUGCGGGACGACCCCUUAGCCCUAUUGGCAGGCACCCUCAGGACCCUCCAGCGGCACGCGUGCGACGGCACCGCCCUCACUCUGCAGUGCCCCAUCAACACCACCAUCGACGUACUCUACGCCAAGUACGGGAGGCCGCGGCAGGAGGCUGAGCAGCUCGACCUGUGCCCGCCGCUGCCGCACCACGCGCGUCCCGCCCCCAAGCGCCACUGCGAGUACUCGUCCACCGUCGACUAUAACACCCUGCAGCACGUGGUGGGCGAGUGCCACCACAAGAACCAGUGCCGGAUCCAGGUGUCCCCCGAGACCUUCAGCGAACACGACCCUUGCCCCGAGAUCCGAAAGUACAUCGAAGUCGCCUACAAGUGCCGCCCAGAAAGCUUCAUAAACAAAAUCGUGUGCGAGGGAGGCGAACUCACUCUGAAAUGCGGCAAGAACUCCCGGCUGGCGAUCUACAGCGUGUUGUUCGGGCGAAGCAAAGAGGGCUCCUACAUGUGCCCCCAGCCGGCGGGCGUCCCGGAGGAAGACUGCCAGGCGAGCUUCGCGACGGAGAUGGUGAUGUCGCAGUGCCACGGCAAGAGGCAGUGCGAGCUCCACGCCAACUCCAGCAAGUACGGGAAGCCCUGCUCGUCCGAAUCGAGGAUGUACAUGAAGACUGUGUACACUUGUGUACCACGGAAGAUCCUGAAGGAGCCGUACCAGGGGGAGCUGGAGCCCGACGAGCAGCCCGAGGAAAUUCCGGAGGAGGACAGCAUGAUGUCUCCGCCGGCCAUGCCUCCCGCGCGGCGCCCUGACCCCCCGCCGCCGCAGUCCUCGACCUCCGACCCGCACGAAACGAAAGCGACGACCGUCUUCUACAACCCCACCGUCACGACCAAACUUCCUGAGAAGAAGGGAGACAACGGCGUGAGAGACUACCCCCAGGACGGCGUCCCCCGGAGCCAGCCGGACCUCAUCAACUGCACCGUGACCAUCCUCUCCGGCUCCAAGAACCGGGAGAUCGGCUUCCUCACGGAGUGGAUGAGGGCGGUCGCCUUUAUCAAAAAAAAUUUCGAGAAAUUCAUUUUGUACUUGAUGGUUGGACUGUGUGUGGGUUUGUUGCUCUUCCUGUUUGUGGUCGUGGGUCGUCUCCUUUUGGAGAGACAUCUGGCCAAGCGAGAAGCCAAGAAUGUCAACGACCCGCUCACCUCUGUUUUUGCAACAGAUAUCGACGACAUCGACGGCGACCUGGACCGGUCAGCGCCCCACGGCUCGUACCUGUGCUUCUCGCCGUCGGCCCAGGAGCCGCAGCACGACGUGGUCCGCUACACCACCAUCAGAUCGGGCAUCAGACAGCAGGACAGUGACACCAAUCCACGGAGCUUAAGCAGAACAAAUAACAACCAGUUAUUUUAUAGUUAGUUGUCAGUAGACGGCUUUUUGUAGCUUUACAUUCUGUACAGUAUAGUAAUUCUUAAAGUUAUUUAUACAACACUGAUGUAUAGAUAAUUGUACAUAUUGCUAAAAUAUUGCUUUUCACAAGUUAUGUUGUCUUUUUUUCUUUGCUCAGUGUGUUUGUGUGUACUUAAUCCAAGCAAAUUGUUCUGACAAUAUAAUAAAACCAAAAAUGUGUAUCGUGCUAGUUCUGUGACUAUGUAAAUAUGAAGAGCCUAGAGGAACAAGUGGGUAACAGGAAGAUACGGGGCUUCAGAUAUACUGUGUAUAUGAAGGUGUGAGCUCACGAGACGGAAAAUGUGUUCAGUGUUGGGCAAGCUUAUGUGUGAUAGAAGCUCGUAAAUAACAUACUAGCCAGAAUAACGGUGUUAAAUUGUGUUGAUAAUCGACGUGACGUUUGGAAAAAAAGUUUUUGUAAAUGAGAUGCAAAAAUUAUAAUGUUCAGAAACACCAUACUCUUUGCCUGUAUAUUUCCUAUAACGGUUAGGAGUUUUAAGUUUAAAAAUUUUAAUUCGUAAGAUAUCAAUUUUUGAUAUGUGUAUAAUGCUUUAAAAACGAUGUGACUGCAUCUUAUUGUCAUAAAAAUACAUAUUUAUUCCGGGUAGUCAUUUUUGUAUGUUGCAAAGAGCAUUCUAUUCAGUUGACUUGCUUGAUGCAGAGGAAACUGAUUGGUACCAGAAGGCUGACGAAGGAUAAAGCCAGCGAUCGCAAGUCCUCCUGAAAUGUUUUAUUUUAUUUGUUUCAUACUGCAGGGAUACUUUGCCAACAGAUGCCUGGGCCACGGGAUGGGAGAGUGGAGGUUCGUCUUAACCUCGGGUUUCCUUGAGUCGUUUGUAUGUGUCUGGAGAAAAAUAAUCAAGUAUUUGUUUUGCUAAUUUGUAGAUGCCACAUUUCACAUACACAUAUACACAACAGUGAUUCCCAAAUGCAAAAUUACAAAUAAUGUUCAGUGAAAAAAUAAAUGUUUUGUUUAAUUACAUUUAGGAACAUUUACAGUACAAGUGUACAAACAUCCAUCCACAGUUUAACACUAUAUGAUGAAUGUUUCCGCUUUAUGUACUGUACUGUGCAUUUGCAAACAUAUAUUAUAUGUGACUCAAUCUAGUUUUGUUUUAAAUGGAAUGCCAUGCAUUGGAACCACACAGCAUUGCACAGGAACAAUAAUGACAGUUAAAUUUAAAGUUCUGGGAUGAAAGGACAAAUGAUCGAGAGAGAGAGAGAGAGAGAGAGAGAGAGAGAGAGAGAGAGAGAGAGAGAGAGAGAGAGAGAGAGAGAGAGAGACGGUAACCGAUCAGCUUCUGGCCGAUGAGUCGAACACAGUGAAAAAGCUUGUUUUUUGUUCCCGAGGCGCUUUGCCUUGCUCUGGCUGUCUUACUCAGGACUGGUGUGUAUUAUGUGCAACAACUACUUGCAGCUCAGCAGGCAAAUGUUUAGGUUUAAAGACGUGCUACUAUAUAUAUCUGUCUUGAAGUUUGCCUCUCAGAGUCUAUAUUUUUGUGUUCGUUCAUAUGUGAAGGCAUCUGAGACCCAUUUGCCAUUUAUGAUUUGAACUAUAGUUUGUACAGUGCUUUUUUAGUCCAAAUAUGUAAUGUAAGCAUUCUUAAAUUUUGGUGAUUUGUUUGUGAAAUUUUGCCUUUUUGAUAAUAGUGACUCAAACACACAGCAUUUUAAAUGAUAAAUUGUAAGGCUAACAUACAUAGUGAAGAAAAAGUUUAAGAUUUAUUUUUCAUAUCUUUGGUCAGAAAUAUGAAAUGUGUUAAAUAGAUAAUACUUUUCAAAUAAGUAUUAAUUUAAGGGCUUUUUAUAUACAAAGUGAAGUGUUGGCUUUCAAACAGUUUCACAGAUAUUGUUUGAGGCAAAUAUAAAAAAAAUGAGAUCUGACUGUAUAGUAUUAAUAUUGAUUAAGUAUUUAAAUGUCCAUUUACUAUCAUUUCUGUGAAAAAAGGUGAAUUAGAAUCGAAAUGUACAAUAUUUUUGCCAAAGCCAAAUGUAUAGAGAAUAUUUGUUCUUUGUCAAUAAUCAAAUAUUGAUUUAAAAAGAACUCUUAAGACAUUUUUAGAAUUAACAAGAAAACUUCAGGUUGUAUGUAAUCUCUGUGUGUUUCUUUUUAGAUUUUUUUUUCUCUCCUAUUUAAUUGCACCAAAUCAUUAUGGUUAUCUUCAAAAGUUUGUAUAGAAUAUUUUGGACACAGUUUGAAAGAAAAAUAUCAAACAACCUAUUUGUCAGUCGGUUCAUGAUUUUCUGGUCUUCAUAUUUAUCUCUCUAUUUCUCCUUGUUGCAAUCUCUUCUCAUUCCUUCUUUUAAAUCUUUUUAUAUUGCUUACCAUUUGUCUUGUUACAUGCCUUAAAACAAAACCAAAGUCUGCUUUCUAAAAAACGAUCUUACUCCUUUUGUAUUUAUUUGUUACGAGUGUAUAAAGAAGGCGCAGAAAAUCCCCCCAUUCUUAUAGAUGUUCCUCUCUAUGUUAAACACGUAGCCAACCUGAAGAAAUGUAAGUAUGUCAAAACAAUCUAGUCUAGGACAUUUACCCCCUCCCCCUUUGUUCAUGUGUACAAAUGUAAAUAUAUUUUAUAUUACAUUUAAUUUCAGGCUUCUACCACUGACAUGUAUGUAGCAAAGGGAGCAUGCAUUUGUUACAACUCUCAGUACUCAAUACUCAUAUCGUUCACAUAUCCUGACCGAGGAGACGAACAAGUGUAGAAAAGUCUGACGUACUGUGAGUGGAGAAUGUGAUCAGCUGAUACGCUAGACAUAGUUAAAGACUGUUUUUAAUUUUCAUUUUGACUGGUUAUUCAGUUAGAGAAGAGAUUUGAUGUUAAAUAAAGGAUUGGGUCAUUGUUA